UUGGUCCGAUUAUCAGCGGCACCGGAGCAGGGUCGAACAACACACUUUACCCUGACAACUUUAACUUCAUGUUAUUUAGCUCCUGUCUGACUAUUUAACCCAUUUUGACCGCUUAAUUUAGUCCCGAGGCCCCGCCCGAAGGACCGCCAUCAUUAGACAUCUGUAAUGUCGGUUUCAUGAAGCGUUAACUGACAUUUAAACACUGUUGUGACGGACAGAGCCGCGUUAGCUCAGCCGUUUGAAUCACAGCUAACGUCUUCUCAGCUAACAGCUAACAGGAGCGACAGCAGCAGCGGCGGCGGCUCUCAAGCAUGAACUGCCCCCCCACCAAGCGUCUACGAGGUCUGAACCAGGAUGUAGCCACAGCGAUGGCCUUUGAUGACCCAUUCGGAGACGACGAGGACUUCACCCAGGACGACUUGGAUGAGAUUGAUGUCAUCGCCUCACAGGCCUUCACCUCAACUGCUGCAUCUGGGCUUGGAUCUAAACCAGGAUCUAAACCAGGAGUUAAACCAGUGGAACUUUCCAGCGGGCCAUCCUGGGCUGCAGGGCAGAGCAAAUCUGUGAGCAGAGCCACAAACAAUCAGAGCAGAGAGAACACGUUUAGGUUCAGUAGCAGCAACAGAGGGAAUGCUGGGAUACCAAGCAGAGAGCCUCUCGGUAACAAGCAGCAGCACUUUGGGUCAGACAGAGAGGACUCCUACGGUCUGCUGGAGGCUCAGCAUGCAGAGCUAAAGAGGAAGCUGAAGGAGGUGGAGGAAGAGAUUGUGUUGAAGAGCGGGGAGAUCCGGGUUCUGAGGGACUCUCUGAAAGGUGCUCAGCAGGAGAAGGAGGCCCAGAGACAGAACCAGAUCCUGCUGGAGACUCAGAGACAGAGAGAGCAGAGCGAGAGGGAGAAGGAGCUCAACAAGAAGGUUCAAUCUUUGCAGUCAGAGCUGCAGUUUAAAGAAGCAGAGAUCAAUGAGAUAAAGACCAAACUGCACAGUUCAGACAGAAAUAAGAUGGCCUCCCCACUGCGUAGAAACAGUCCUAAAGUGCUGAGCAGUCUCGCCCAGUUGCAUCAUGGGAGCGGCAGCAGCUCCUCUUCUCCAACAGGAAAUGGUUUCAUCACCAAGGAGACGUUUGGGGCCCACUUACCGUGCAGAACAACUCCAGUGAAGACACGGAGAGAUGGUGGAAACAGAGGGUCGUCUGGCAGCAGAUCUGAUGACAGACAGGAGGUGUCCCGUCCAGACCCCUUCCUGUCUGUCAGACCUGCACACCUGCAGCCCCGAGGUGGCGUCCUGCUCGGGUUGUUGUUGCAGCAGCCGUUGUCUCCUAGUAGCCUUGGCCUCUCUCACCUGCUGUCUAUGAGUCUGACUGACAUCAACCUGACAUCCAGCAGCCUGUCAGCAGGUUUUCUCAUCCACUCUGAUGCUGCAGUCGGUGGCGGUGAAGGUGGAGCUCCCAGAGCUGCUCUCAGUCCGGUCCAGAGUCUUGCUGUAACUGGACUCAACAUGCUGAGUCAGAGCCGACCAGAAGCUGCAGCCACUAGCAGAAACAAAAGGUCGUGUCCUGGAGCUGUCCUCAUCCUCCCUCUGUUGGACCUUCACCUGUCUCGCCUCUGUCAGGCUCUGGACACUCUAAGUUCCACGUCUGCUGGUGGUUCAAACUCUGCUGCUGCCACCUCGCUCCCAGCAGGCCAUGCUGCUCCCACUGCUGGACUAGGGAGACUGGAGGAGGCUGAUUUAACUGGUUUCAGCAUGGAGGACACUGGUUUGGCUGCUCUGAGGCUCCUCUACCUGGUGCUCGCCCACAGUGACGAGGCGGUCAAGGCUGUGUUGUUGAAGGAAAGUCAGAACAGAGUUACAGACAAAAAGGCUGAGUGCUCUGCUGCAGGUGUGGGUCUGUGCUCCCAGAAUGCCUUGCUGCAGUCAGUGUUGCGGCUGUGUGAAGCCGGACUAGGCGACGGCGACAGCUCACAGAAGGAGGAGCUUGUUCUCAAUGCAAUGAAGACUCUGUGUGUCCUAAUUGAGAGGACACCACAAACGCACACUGACAGGUUGCAGUGUGUGUUGCAGGUGGUGUGUGUGUGUUUGUCAGCAGACAGCAGGUUGCAGACAGUUUCAGAGUGUGUGUCUGUCCUUACGUCCAUGUCUGACCACCAGACACUGGCUCAGCAGCUCUGCUCCCAGCACGACCCGUGUGUUUUCCUGAAGUUGUUCCAGUUCAUCAGAAACAGAACAGACAACCAGGCAACACACACAGACUGGAUUCUGCUGGACCUGCAGGUGGUUCGUUUGCUGAACAGACUGAUGACUCAGAGAGUAGAGAGCUGGACCACAAACCAGCACAGCACCUGUCAGUGUCACACUGAGUUGGUUCAGACAGUGGUGAUUGUUUUCCAUCGUCAGUGGUUGGAUCUUCGUGGUUCUCAGGAGCCGACGGACUCAACAGGCCAGGCCCCGCCCCCCCAGCAGUGCCCCGCCCCUUCGUUGCCAUGGUGGCGUAGCCCAGCGGCAUCUCUUCUCAGAGAGUGUCUACUGCUGCUGCACUGGCUGCUGCUGCAUCACGGCAGCUUCUCAGAGAGCUGCAGGCCACUGCUGCACAUGUACGACCAGGUGAUCCCCGCUGUACGAGACACGCUGAGGAAGAUCCCAGAGCUGAGCGAGAGCGAGGAGAUGGCGUUGGAGGAGAUCUGCCGCUCUGAGGGCGACGACACUGAUGACAUGGACACUGAUGCUGGCUCAUGAAUUGCUGCUGCCUCUGACUCCACCAGUGAACAUUGAGGAGACACGAAGGACAGUUUACUGACUGUUGAUUGGAUAUUUCACAAUGAGACGAGGACAGAACGGCAACUUUUCUGUAAAUUAAGUGGAUGAUGGAGAGAAAUGAAUGAUUAGAGUCUGACAGCGUCACAGAAUUUAUUCUGCUGUCUGAUGGGAUUUAACUAUAAGACAUUGAGGUGAGAAAUACUGCUGCUGUCAGAGUUCAUGUUUUGGAGGUAAUUUCUUUCCUUCAUCCUUAAUUACUGUGCAAAAGAAUAAAUUAAGAACAGAAUGAACAUAUUUAUGAAGAGACUUGUUAGAGAAUUUGUAAAAUCGAAAGAAUUGUGAGAGGGUUAGACGAGAAGAACAAUACCACUCAUAUCUGUCUGUUAAAUAUGAAGUGAGGGGGGAAGCAGUUAGUUACAGAAUCUGCCUACCAGCCACCUCUAAAACUCCCUAACUAACAUUUUAUAUUAGGGUGUGUUUAAUCUGCACAAAAACCAAAGCUUUAAAAUGUCUGUCUGCUGUUUUACGGUGGCUAUGUACCAGACUGUUUUUUGCAUCUUAGCAGUUGUCCAGCAACCGGUAGAGACGUCAGGAGCUUACUGGUCCUCGCCAAGGAAUAGUCCGGUAUAUAACGCCCCGGUCAACAGCAAGUAGUCAUUUUCACACUUUUUGUAUUGGACUGUGGGCACAGCAGUUUAAGAUAUUGCAUUUCUAAAAUUUUCUUUUUCUAACAGGUGUAAAUUGCCUGUAGUAUCUCCUCGCUGGUGGGUUUCAUUGCACUUACGACAACAAGCGUUUUUGCCGUCGACUUGAGUAAAACAUAAUGGCACUUUAGACCAUUUAAUUUUCUGAUGUGACACCAGCUCUGUCGUUACAUGGCUGCCUGCAUUGUGUACUGUUUGUCUGUCAGGCUUUCAUUUUGAAGCCUUCAGUGUUAGCGACCAUAAAGUAAACUGUUAAAGUAAAUUGACUUGUGGAAUGAAAUAUGAUAGAGACACAUUUGUACACUGAAUAACGUUAAAGACCACUUUAACAUGAAUUCUGUGUUUUAAUUAAAAAAUUUACUUAUUCAUAA